AUGUCUGUAAAAGAAUUGACAGAAAGAAAUGUAAUGCUUCUCCAAAAAUUUACAGAUUGGAAUACUGUAAGCAUUGAAACAAUGAAGGAGUUGCUCGAAUUUAAUGGAUAUGCUUUGGAAUUUCUUCCAAACUCCUUUCAGGAUGAUGAAAGUCUCGUUUCUAUUGCUGUAAAAUCGAGAGGACUAUCUUUAAAGUAUGCAUCUGAAAGAUUGAGGAAUAAUCCUACAAUAGUUGAUCUUGCAGUUUCUCAAAACUAUUAUUCUUUCGAAUAUGCUUCUAGAGAAUUGAAAAACGACAAAAUGAAGAUAUUGGAAUAUGUAGAAAGGAACGGAUUGCUUCUUGAAAUAGUUCCAGGUAUUUUCAAAGAGGAUUUACAAAUAGUUCAGAUGGCGAUUGCUCAAAAUCCACUUUCCAUUCAAUUCGCCUCUGAAAAAUUCAAGUAUGGAAAGAAUCUUAUCACUCCACUCAUUGAGAAAAAAGGUGAACUUUUGAAAUUUGCAUCAAAUUCCCUACAAAGUGAUUCAAAUAUUAUCUUGACAGCUACCAAAACUUUUGGAUUGGCCAUCCUCUACUCGUUUAAAAAAUUGGAUACUGAACUAAUUUUGGACUGUGUAAAAAUUAACAAACUUUAUGAGAACAAACAGAUUUUAAAUUACGUCCUAGAGACCGAACAACUUAGAGAGGAUGUUCAAUUUCUAUUUCAACUCUAUCAAUAUGUUAGAGACGGUAGGAUUGAAGAAAUUGUUGAAAAAUUGCCCGUAAAAAGUCUCCUACCUCAUACUCCAUUAACUCACAACUUUAAAUGCAGAGAUUUAUAUUGGACUAUUCUAUAUAAGGCUAAGAAAGAGAGCUCAGAGCUGGAAAAAUACGGAUCUACUUCUAUUUCCAAAUCUGUAAUGAGACUUCUAAUCUAUGAUUAUGUUUAUAGUAAAGACAACCAAUCCAAAGCAGAUAUUGAACUCAUCCAAAAAGGAGGACAAAUUGGAAAGUAUACAUAUAUGUAA